AUGAAGACAUCAUCGAGUACCCCACGCAUCCGCAAGAAGAGGAUUCCGGCUAAAUGCGAUGGUAAGAGACCAUGCUCACGAUGCAGCGACCUGAAGAAGAUCUGCACUUUUAUUGAUCCUCCCAAACAGGCUCAUGAGAUCCGGAUAGAGGAGCUUGAGCAACAGGUUGCGGCGCUCAAAGAUAGGCUUCGAGCGGAUGCAUUGGCACAAAGCACUCAAGCAGAGACCGGCUUCCAGCACACCAGCCAGCCAGGCAUUGGCGACACCCCAAUCUCAUACUCACCUCGGGCCACUUUUGUCAGCCCCGAUAGAGUCGCCUCAGCAUUCUGCAUACGUUCAUCACACACCCAAUCACCGACCAAUACGACACUUGCCAGAAAACACACCAGAUCUCACUUUGAGAUUGGGUCUGUGACAUUACCAGAUUGCCUGGAUGCUGGCCUGCUAAGUCUCGAGCAAGCUCGUCACUACUUCUCCAUCUUCUUCCAAGGAUGUGACCACUUUGUUCCGGUGCUCGAUCCUCGCUAUGACUCAUUCGAAAGCAUUCGCGCAAGAAGCAGUCUCCUGUUUGGGGCAAUAUGUGCAGUUGGCUGCCGCGUUGUGACGGGGUCUGAAACCCAGCAAUGGCAUAUGCUCGAUUUCCAUGUCAAGAGGAUGCUGACUUGCGCCCUGGCCAGUCCGUCCAUGGCCUCACUCGAGACUAUUCAGGCACUGUUGGUCCGCUCGUGCUAUGCAUCAGAGAGGUCUCUCCUUGUCGCAGCUGCAACGCGCAUGGCUAUCGAUUUGGACUUUGCAAGUUCCUACGAUGAGAUGGUCAAUCGGUCUGUGGCCCCGGCAGCACGGGGAGUAUCCUCGGCAAGUCUGGAUCAAGAUACAAUCACCUUGAUGCGAAGAGUGAGGACAUGGCUCCAUCUGUUUGUGUUGGGGCAAAUAUUGCAUGUCGAUGCUGCUGACCUGGCGACCUUCAAGUUUGUUGGGGAUUUACGGAGAUGCCGCAUUAUACUGAAGAGCCCGGCCGCAACUGAGCUCGAUCUGUCCUUGUUCUCCCAAGUCGAGCUCAAUGCUGUCCGUGGCAGGAUCUAUGACUCGUUGUCUGGCCUCGUGGGAUUCAGCGAUGAAGACGCAAUGAUGGACGUCGUUCGCGAGGCAAAGAUCGACAUUGCUCUAUGGUAUGAUGAUUGGGAGCACAUCUUCGAGAAGCAAAGCGCUCAAGCGCCAUGGCUUGGUGUCAACUUGCGCGCACAAAAAUGUUGGUCAGAGAACAUGGCCUUUUGCCGAGUCCUGCGGGCGUCUGGUGUCGAGAAUGUGGACUUCAUGUCGCCCGCUCAAAAGUCAGUUGUCGCCAUGGCAAAAGAUGCCUUGGAGGAGCACCUGGAUAUCAUGAUCAGAGAGCCGAGGCUCUAUUUACGCAAUCUGCGCUUCGCAAUGGACUUUGUCUGGGCAAAGUGCGCAUUUUGCUACUUACUGCUGCUCAAACUUUCCAUUCUGUUGCCGGAAAGUAAGGGGCGCAGCAGUCGAGAGCUUGUAGAACACGGCAAUAUCCUCCUGGCCGAGCUAAGUGAAGCCAGCGGAGGGAAUCAUAGCGGAAGCCGGAGCAGCACUGGAAAACAGUAUCUUCAGCUUCUACAGGUGGGGAUCGGGAAGUUCAGCUGUGCCACCCAGGAAGCCCACGAAGUACUUGCGAGCACGGCAAAUGACGACAGUUUUGCAACUGCUCGACGGACGCCUACAUUGGCAACACAGAAUCGAAUGGAGCUGGACUCGUUUGUUCCGGAACAAUUCGUCUUUGAGUGGGAUUUCCCUGGGCUGACGUUGUUUUCCUCAUCGGCGACCAGGGUUUCGUGGCUUGAUGAUAUCCUUGCAGAGGCACUCAACGGGAGUGAGGAUGCAUUUGUUUGGUUACCAACAGACAAUGACAACUGA